AUGUAACAAUUAUUGAAACCUUCACUUAAUUUUGAUUUCUAAUAAGUUGUAUUUGAGGAUAACCUUCAAUCAACAUAAUAAAUCAGUGCCUAAUAAAACAAAGAUAAACUUAAUCAAUAAUUCAAAAAAUAAGAUAAAAAAGUAAAUUAAAAAAACAUUAUCAGACCAUUGAGUUAAUCAGGAUAAAGAUCAUCUUCAAAUAAAAAGGAUUUAAAUUAAUAAACUAAGGGAGUGGAAUCUAAACAAUUAACAUAAUAACAUAGUUCUCCAUAACAUUUUUCUGCUAAAUAAGUUAAAUUUGAUAAUAAUAAAACAUAAGGGACAACUUCUAAUAUAUAAUCUAAUUGUUAUUUUUCUUAAUAAAACAAUAUUCUGGUAAAAUAACCUAUAUAUUCAAAAUAAUAACAAAUGGACAAUAAUAACAAUAAAUAAUAAUAUUAAAAAUAAAAUAAUAUUAAAAAUGCAGGUAUUUUUGAUUGGGAUGAUGAUGAUAGGGAUUUGGAUAAUAAUUUCUUUAUUUCUUAGAGUCCUACAUCUAAAAUUCAUAUUUAAAAGUAUGAAUCUAUUGAAAAGGCAAAUUAAUAAUAGUUUAUAUAUAAGUAAUAAAAGACUAACAUUAUUGAAACCUCAAUUAAAUAAAACCAAGACAUAUUAAAAUAAUAAUAAAAGGAAAUAUAAUAAAAAUUGGAUAAUAUAUAAUAAUUGCGAAUGAAUGAAUUGCUUUAAAAUAAUUUGGUAUUAGAAUAAGUUCCACAUUUAGAUGAAGAAUAAUAUUAUGAUGAUUUUGAAUAGGAAAAGUAAACUUAAAAGAAAUCUACUUAAAAAAUGGAGUAUGAAUAAGUAUAUGAUUAAGAUAACUUUGAAAUUGAUGAAGAAAGUAAGAUAAUAAAUAAGGAUUAAGAAAUUUAAUAAGUUUAAGUAAGAUAAUAAUAAGAAAUUGAAACUAAAUAAUCUUAAAUUAAAUUAGAGAAAGUUUAAGAUAAUAAUAAGAAAGUUAAAUCAAAUGAAAGUUUAAUAAAGACAUCCAAAAAAGUAGUAUAUAAGGCUAAAAAUGCUAAAGAAAGAAAAGAAGAAAUAAUGAAUAUGAGAUCUGAUCUUGAAAAGUAUUUGUUGUAGAAUAACACUAAUAUUUCUAAGAUGUUUUAAGAAUUGUAAGAUACUAAAGAUAAGGAAAGAAUUAUGAUAGAAGUAAGUACUAAAAGGUAAGAUGAAUUAUCUUAAGCAAAACUCACAUUAAAAUAAUUAAAAGAAAAAUUUAGUAGAUAAAAAUAGAUUAUUGAAGUAAUUAUUUAAUUUAUUUAUUUAAGGAAUUAGAUAAGAAAGAACAUUAUGCUAAUUAAAUUAUAUAAAAGUUGACUGAGAAUAAACAAAAAUAUAAUUAAUAAUGGGAGAAUCAAAUAGAGAAAUUUAUGGCAUGCAAAGUUAUUGCUAGAUUUUUAAAAGGUAGAAGAGACAGAAAAUUAUUUACAGAAUUUCGAAGACAAAGCUUUAUUAAUAGAUUAAAAUAAUGA